AUGCCUCGUGAUGCCGGCCCCCGCAAGCCCACCCUCAAGCAGCUGGCGAAGCAGAAAGCGAAGGACAUCAAGACCCGGGAGCGCAACGAGGCGACGUUCGCAUCCGCCGUUCAGCACUCCAAAAGCACCAUACUCGACGUGGACAUGCGGUUCAUUCAAGACACGCUGACCCAGAACCCGACUUGGAUUUCUCCACUCGCUGGUCUGAUCCGCUCGGGCUCGUUGAAUGGUCUUCUGAAGGACGUUGCCAAGAAGGAGGAGACCGGUGGACUGAGAUGGAAGGGCAAGUGCACCAAAUGGGGCAGUUUGCCGCUUGAGAUGGCGAGCUUAAUGCUCAAGCAUUGCGGUGUGGAGCUCGCGGAGGACGUACAGAAGGACGAACCCGUCGUACGGACCCUCUUCGAGAUCCAGUUCUGGGCAGCCAAGUCGGCGUCCUUGCCAUCUCGUGCGGACAUUCGCUAUCAGUCCACGUUGGUCAAGUUAGCGAGGGCCCGCAUGGAGGACGUUGGUCGCAACUACAUAGCUGCGGUGAACUCGGCGGAGGCUAUCAGUGUUGACCGGGACAGGUACAACAUCUGGUCACUUGAGAACAACACGUUGUACUGCCACGUCUUUGCCACACAAGAUGGACACCCUCGCCGUUCCCGCUCGGAGUUCGUACCCAACGAGUCGUACCUCAGCCACGAGCUUCCUACUCUCCCGGACAACAAGACGUGGCAAUUGGACGACCCUUUUGCGGUGGACUGUGUCAUUUCAGAUGGACAGCAUAACUCGUUGUUCAGUUUUGAAUGCGCGAGUUUCUUUCCUACUUUGCCGGACAUGAAGGCCAAGUGGACCUUCGACUUGUCGUCGGACGCAGACACCACGGACGCUCUGAAAAAAGAGAUCGAGUCGCACUUUCUCCAGAGUUCGUUCUCCCUCCUCAAGCAGCAGGAGCACGCUGCAAACGCCGAGAAGAAGGGCACCAAACGAAAGGCAUCCUCGCAGCAGAUGCAGGACGACAUGGAGGACGACAACGAGCAAGCGGACAAUGAGGAGCACACGGGUGACCAGAUGGAAGAGGUAGCAGCUGGACGAAGCACACGUUGUACAGAGUUUGCCACGUCGAGCUUUGCAACGAUUGUUCUUUUGCAUCAAUGGCACCAGGGUAUGCGCAAAGAUGCCAAAUGGAAGAAGCCGGCAGAGGAGGUAUCCAAGCUGGCCGGGGAGUUGCUUCAAGGCCUCGCUUCCUUGUUCCUGCAGACCCCGCAGGACUUCUCAUUCACGUGGGACGGAAACACUCUGGUGCUGCCGUUCAAAGGAGGUUCGCUGGACGUGGACGAGGUUGUACUGCAAAACAGUUUACUUGCUAAAGUACUACACCGCGAUCGUUCCCGAUUCAUGGACGUGCUGCAGGAUGUGAAUGUGGACUGCACCCGUCGGACAAUUGGAGACACUCGCAAGUCAUCUAGUUUGAGGACGAAGUACUACUUGUUGGCGGCUUUGGCACGUGCCAUGGAUUCGUCGGACGACACGCAUUCCUGCUGGACAUCUUUGAAUGUGAAGCAAGUGAUGCAGCUUAGGAGCACCUCCGGAUAUCGUCGGUCGUCCACGAGUUUUCGACAAGAGGUUGCGAGUUCAUCGAAUGCCACACGCAGGACACUUACCUCCACAUUGCAAGGACAUGCGUUCACCGUGCAGGACAGCAGCGAACAGCAGGACGAACAAAAGAUCAAGAAGCACGCUUCUAUGGACGCACACAGGCUAGCACGCAUGGAGCGAUACGCCUAUGUCACGCAGGGCAAGUCAGAUUUCCUCUCGACGGACAUUUUGUGCGUGGUGGUCCAGAAAUCGUCCGUCUUGUCGGCUGAGCAGUGGAAAGCUAUGUGGAACAAGGCUUCCAAGAAGUUCCUCGGGAUCGAGAAACCCGUUGGACCUGGUCAUGCGGAGGACCGGCUGGCCACACUGUCUUGGAUGCAGGACAUAAACCACGGCUUGCGACCCAUUGGCUGGACUUUUGGCUGCUGCCAGAGCACGCCGGCCGGCCCCGCGGAGGACGACACGAAGGCUAAACGUGCACCGAUCAUGAUUUUGUGCACCGACCAAGAAGCAACACAGCUGGCGGCUGUCUCCUUCUUGAGGAACAAAAAGAGCCUCUGGAUCGAACACGUCUCGGACCCCGCCCACAGGUCGCACAACGACGUGGCUUUGGCCUUGUCGGCCGCUGGACUCCUGAAGUUCUGCACGUGCAUCUCGCUGUACAACAUCAGGUAUGGACCCUGGCAGAAGGGCUCGUGGGCGUUGAAGAUCCAGCAAGCCGCAAAUCGCAUGAAGGACAACAUGGACCCCUCGGACCCGAUAUUGCUCCUUUUCUUCCCGGACAUUCUGCUGGACGCCGGCCUCUCCCCCCUGGACGACAACACGGAGGAGAAACGCAGGUCGUUUUUGCAGACAUUACCCGACAUGGACUGCAUCCGCAUCAAGGGCACGAAGGCCAGCAAGAGUCGGUUCAAUUCCCUGACGACGGCCCACAGCGCGCUGGACAAAGAGUGGUCGGUCUUGGCUUUAGUUCUCACGGUGGUCUGCUUGGAGCACAACUGGGCAGUUUCCACUAAGGACCUCUUCUCGCAGGACAGCAACCAGGCCCGUGCCUCGGUUCCAUAUGGUGGAAGCAAGUCUUCUGCCAUACAGGAGGCCAAGCAAGGCAUGGACCAGGAGCGGAAGGGCAGCGCGAACAGUCUACACUUAAUGACGAAGUUCGUGAUCUCGCAGGACAACAAGACGACAGCCAGGAUGAUGUUCCAGGUCUUGCAACCCGAAGAGCUUCGUUGUUCGCUCAUGCUCAAGCAGCUGCGUUCCAAAGGCAUGACGAAGGACUACUACUCUGGCUGGGCACACUGGUCUUGGAUGAGCACUGCAAAGGACCACGUCAGGACUUUGUCGAAUUUGGAAGGUUUAUCUCGUGUCGGCCUCGACCUGACACUGGCACGCGCACAACCCCCGGAGGAGACAGAGCUUGUCUGGCAGGACUCGCUCGCAGGCCAAAUGACGCAGUUGACACUACAGAUCCUGCGGCUGCGGGCCGGGGCACAGCUGUACCAUACUGGAGGUUUCGGUGCGACCGCAGGACUAGUCCAUGCUGAAGAGCAGUUCCGUCGGGCAAGCUUGGAUUUUUUCAAAGAGAUGCAGUCUUGUAUCCAGGACACGCACAGUGGUGGUUCUCGUAUGGCAAAAAAAUUGCUCGAAGGUCAUUUCUCCCAAGGGCCGAUUAGUCGGUACAUCCUCGCCGAUCUUUGCACUACCCGGUUUCAGAGCCUUACGGAGGACGUUGCACACGUAUUGACCAGCAUUUGGUCGGGCCUCUUGAACACGAAGAUCAUCGAAGACUGUAAUAAAGUCCAGCGCGAGGCCGAGCAACGACAUUCGUCUUCGAAGGACUUGGGUCGUUUGGACGGAUGGAAGGCUGUGACCCAACAGGCCGUGGUCAAGAUGUACGAGAGGGUGGAGGCACUGUCAACGGAGCUCUACCACACGCCGGCAGCGUUUGACGUGGCCAAACUUUUCUGCAAAGACACCGAGAAGAAGAAGAUUCAAGCAGUUCGUCGUCGUUCCGAUUCGUCGGUCAGCACGCAGGUCAGUGCCUCGGAGGUGCAGGAAGCACAGCUUCUUGCAGACGUGACGAAGACGAGGGACUGGGUCUCCCACAACCACGCCGAGGAACAGGAGGUUUUGGCUGCCUUCAGUUUACUGAUGAAGGCGUGGAGGGCCAAGCGAUGGUCGCUUUGUGAAGAAGGUUGGUGCUCUGGACUUUUGCCCGAAGGACAUGUUGUACUGGCAGGUGCAGACCCGUUGUUCAUCGUUCGGACAUACCGUUUGGCUGCACUCGCAUGGCCCGGCAAGAUCGUUAAGGACAAGGACCAUGAGUUUUUCGAAUUCAACAUGGGCGUUCGGUCUCUCUUUUGGAUGCACAGCACAUCUUUGGACUUGGAAGUGUUGCGGCUGCGAGUUGUUUCACCUCUGCGUGCCUCGGCUGCAGUACAGUUGAACAUUGUCAGCCCGACACGGACAUUCUCUACAUAUAUAUUCGUCCUAUAA